UUUUCUUAUGAUAAUAACUAUUAUUCUAGGUGUUUUUCCCGAUUUGUUGAAACCUUGUAGUUUAUCAAGAAGGUCAUGUUUGUUCAAACUUUCCUAAAUAGAAACCUAACCUCAUCCUCAAACAAGCUCAAACAGAAAAAAGGUGCAAGAGGAUGACAAUAAUUGACAAUGACAAUGCUCUAAACAAUGAUGUUUUGUGAUUAAUAAUUAGUCAUUAUUGCAUGUUUUUACGUAUAAACUCAACUAAAGUGAUUAAUUUAAAAAAAAACUGGAUUUGAUUCUCAGCACAUCAGCAGCCCCCGCUGAAUGACCCCACAGAAGCAAGCCAUAUGUAAUGUGGCAAUGGAAGAGCGCCAAUACAAAUCAGCCAAAAUGUAAUAGGCUACUUUUUAAACUAAUGGAUCUACCUACAAAAUGAAAAUAGUAUCAGAAUUCACUCGUGCAGGUCCUGCGGAGAUUCUGCGAGCUUCGCAGAAGGACGAUGUCUUGAGAGAAAAAAUUGAAAGUAGUCUAUAUGAUAUUCUACUUCAAGUCGGAGGUAAUAAAGCAUUGAUCAAGUACAGAAAUUCGUUGAGUGCUUUAAGUAAUCUAAUAUAUUUCGGUUCAACAACUCUGAGUGGUCUACAAACUCUGGGCGAGGAAUACACAGGAAUCCUUCAGUUCGAUUCCGAUAAUUCAAACAUACCGGCAUUGAAGAUGAGAAUUCUAAUGGUUCUCCUAAGCAGCUUUGGACAGAAGCUAGUCUUAACAGCUCUACAAAAAGUUGAAAACAGCGAUUGUUUGAAAAACGAUGGCGAACUCAGACCGGAAGCUCAGCUGCAAAUUUUAAGAGUCAUAACCUGGCUGAAACUAUUCAUUCCAAUUUUGGAGAGACUGCAUAAAGCUGUAUUCUACUGGUCUGGCUUCUAUGGCCAGUUUUCAAAACGGCUUACUGGAAUACAAUAUGUUCUUGUUCGACAAUGGCUGAAGGAUCGGAAAUCGUUGUACGGCUUCAAGAUUCUGAGCGUUGUUACGCUGGUGUACGCGGCGCUGUCGGGCGCCACCGAGUCGAUCAACUUUGCACAACUGUCGGCGGACGAGUUGCGCGCGCGCACCCAGCCGACGCAUUCAAAAGUGGUUCGGCCGCUGCGCGACUCGUGUCCGCUGUGCUUGGAGGAGCGGCACAGCUCCAGUGUGACGCCGUGCGGCCACCUGUUCUGCUGGCACUGCCUCAUCGAGUGGCUACACACUGAACAGCGGUGCCCCGUGUGUCGGGAGCCUGUGCAGCCAUGUCGCGUUGUGCCCCUACACAAUUAUCUGUGAUCAGUAAGAACUUAUUAUUUACUCUUAAAACCACGAUUGUAUCGUCGUGUAUUUGCCUGAUAAAGCGUAUUUGCCUGAAGUGAGGUCCACGUUAUAAUGCAGUAUUUGAUGAGCAUUGGUGUUGCUAUCCUUGUCUAUUAAGUAAUCAAUGUAACAUUCAACUCAAUCAUAACAAUAAAAUGAAUUUAUUAUAUUAAUUCAAAUUCUUUAUUCUGCCUGACAUUUUUUCAAUGUAUAAGCUCGUCAGAAGAAAAAAAAUACAGUGUACAUAAUAAGAUAAAUAACACAAUAUGAUGAAGAAUAACAAUAGCCCAGAGUUAUUGAUAGAUUAUAUCAUUAUAUUGAAAGAUCAUAUCAAUAUAAUAAUAUUUAAUAUUCAAUCAUUGUAAAAUAAUCAUUUGUAAAUAUUUGACAAAGCAUCCUUGCGCUAUCUUUUUCUAUUUCCGCAAUGUUGCCGGAUCUUUCUUCAACAAUUAAGAAAUAUAAUCAACAAGACAGAGAAUCGGCAACGCAUAAUUGAUUAUUUAAAACAAUAAUGAACAGUUGAUAUUACAUCAGAUAUACCAUUAUCAGCUAUCCUCUAUAGAAGGUUUUCACAAGACAGAAAAUUAGCAACGCAUAAUUGAUUAUUUUAAACAAGAAUGAACAGUUGUUAUUGCAUCAGAUAUACCAU